AAACGUGUUGAAUUCAUUGAAAAACAUAACAGAAAAUAAAAAUAAUAAAUAAAUAGCAUGAGCACAAAAUAUUCUACAAUAAAAAUCAUAAAACGAUACAAUAAUUGCACUUUAAAAACGAAAGUCUAAAAAUAACUUUUUUGAAACCAAAAACGCAUUCGAAGCCCUGAAGUGAAAGUGUUUAACAGCCAAAUUUUGAAAAUAAAAACAAUAAAAAAAAGAAUAGCAAAAGUCUAAGAGGGAAAGGUCAUCUAAUUAUCUAUACAGCGGAAAUGUUUCUAAGACGUUUUUUCUCAUCGUUUGCGGAGCCAUUAAAUCAACCGGCUGAUUUAAUUGGCUGCCUACAACAAACGCCACAAGUGUUGACUAGUGGUUUUGGUAGUAGUACAGGUACUGCAGCGGGUCUGGAGAGUUUAGCCUGGCUGCAAAAUGUAGCUCCUUGUUUCCCAUUAAAAGGCGAACAAAUACAUGUUAUAAAUGAACCCAAACAUUUCUAUGAUACACUCGUACAGAGAAGUUCAACAGCUAGAGAACGUAUUGUGUUGGCGAGUCUGUAUUUGGGUACGGGACAAUUGGAAAAUAACUUUGUGCAAACUUUAAGGAAAAGUCUACAGCAACAGGCUUCUUUGAGAAUAAAUGUUCUCUUGGAUUUUACGAGAGGUACUCGGGGCGAGACUAAUUCCAAGACUAUGCUUUUGCCUUUGUUAAAGGAUUUUGGUGAACAAGUGCAGCUAAGUCUAUACCAUACACCCAACCUUAGGGGCAUGACAAAACGUUUGGCACCACCCCGAUGGAAUGAGUUAUUGGGUCUGCAACACAUGAAAGUCUACUUGUUCGACGAUGCAGUUUUGAUUUCAGGAGCCAACCUUUCAAAUGAUUAUUUUACCAAUAGACAAGAUCGUUACAUACUCAUCGAAGAUAAGCCACUGGCCGAUUUCUAUGCCGAAUUCAUAUCACGUGUUCAAGAGUUCAGUCUGGCCGUGCGACAAGACUCUGAAGUGGUUUUACAUCGCAAUUGGAAAAUUUUACCGUAUGAAGGCACCAAAGAGGAGUUUAUUAAACGUGCCAAGAAACGCGUCACCGAAUUUGUUCAACAGGUCUAUCAGACUCAACAAUUGGCUUGCAGUAAGACUAAUGAUGCAGAUACCUGGAUAUUUCCCUUAAUAGAAAUGGGACAAAUCGGUAUACACCAUGACAGUGUGGUAACUAAGAGAUUGCUGUCUAAUUGUGUACAAGAUUCAAGGCUUAAAUUGGCUACCGGUUAUUUCAAUUUGACACAAGAAUACAUGGAUACAUUAACGCACAAAUGUUUGGCACAAUGCAGUAUACUAAUGGCACAUCCUAAUGCCAAUGGAUUUCAAGGCGCCAAGGGACCAGCUGGUGGCAUACCAGCCGCUUACACACUAAUAGCAAAAAGCUUUUACGAAAGUUUAGUGCGAAGAAAGCAAGAUCAUCGUAUAAAUUUCUUCGAAUAUGAAAAACAAGGCUGGACUUAUCAUGCAAAAGGACUUUGGUACUACCUACCUCAAUCAAAUUUGCCCAACCUCACCUUAAUCGGUUCCUCCAACUUCGGUGAACGCUCAGUGAAUCGUGAUUUGGAAACUCAAGUGUGUCUAGUCACCAACAAUCAGAGCCUAAGUCAAAGUUUACAACAUGAAAAUGAACGUUUGUUCAGUCUCUCAUCUACGGCUGAAAAACAAAUAACUACUAGACCGGUACCGCGAUGGGUUCAGGCUGUAGUGGGUUUAUUUAGAAAUUUUUUCUAAACUAUUUAAAAUUAUCAAAAGACAAAGACAUUUUGUUAAAAAAAAAAAAAUAUUAUUGAUGAUUGAAAAGCAAGAAUAUUUGAUAAAUAGCGUAGAAUUGAAUUAAAAAUUAUUUACUUAACUUAAAAACUAAUAUCGAAUGCCUUCGCAAGAUGCUUCCUAGAUUUAAAAUUACAAAAAAAUGCCAUUUAAAAAUUCUUUUGUUCAUUAUUGAUUGAUUGUAUGUUGUGGAUUAAUACCUCAGUUAACGCUUAUUUUGUUUAAUUUUCCGAUGAGUGCGCGUUUAGUAUAUAAAACCAAAUAUAUUUUAACUACUUGAUUGUUUUAGCUUACUAAAAGGAAAUAUGUUAUUUGUGUAAAUAGUAUAUAUUCUGGGUAUUUAUGUUUAAAAGAAAGCAAAUACAUUUUAUAAUAAUUAUUAUUAAAAUAUGGUUUAAAGAAAA